AUGGCUGCCUGUGAAGUACUUUCUGUGAAUGUCCAUUCUGAGGAAAGGCCCUUAAUGACCUUUCCUGCCAGCUCGAAAGACAGAGUGAAGAAGAUCAAUGAACACAUCAGGUCGAAGACUAAGAUUCCUGUUCAGGACCAAGUCCUUCUGCUGGGCUCCCAGACCCUAGAGCCACAGAAACCACUGUCAUUUUAUGGUAUUGACAAGGAGAACACCAUUCACCUCACCCUGAAGGUGGUGAAGCCCAGUGACAAGGAGCUGCCUUUGUUUGUGGUGGAGGCAACAGAUGAGGGGCAGAGGCACCUCCUGCAGGUGCGAAGGUCCAGCUCUGUAGCCCAGGUGAAAAAGAUGAUUGAGACUGUGUCUGGUGUGACUCCUGAGACCCAGAUUGUGACAUGCAAUGGAAAGAAACUGGAAGAUGGGAAGAUCAUGGCGGAUUAUAGCAUCAGAGAGGGCAAUUUACUCUUUCUGACACGCUUUUGUAUUGGGGGUUGA